ACCUCAUGCCAUAUUGCCAUGGCCUCAUCGCCGGCGAUAGCAGCCACAACCUCUGUCUCCUUUCCGUCUCUUCCAUCGCUCCCCCAACGCUACUUGUCCCGCAGCCGCCGAACCGUCAUCACCUCAGCCUUCGCCCGGCGCUUCCGCGGAAUCAACCCUAGCCCCGUCCGCUCCCGCAGCAAGACCACUCCCACCUCCACCCCCACCCCCAUCCCCACCCCCGACGACGGCUUCGGCGCCCUCGAGUCGGAGAUCUGGCGCCUCCGCCGCCGGGCUGAGCUGCGACUCCAGCGCCUUGUCGCGGAGGCCGACGAGGCCUACAGCGACCUCCGCUCCUCCGUCCGCGUCGUCAGCAGUGACCGCGUGGUUCUGACCUUCCGCCGCUCUUCGCUGCGCUUCCUCGCUUCCGCCCUUCUAUGGUCUCUCGCCCUCUCCGCCGCAGCGUGGGCGUUGCUGGGGCUGGUCUCACAGGCUUCGCGGCGCCAGCUAUGGUGGCGGGGCUGGUGGGAUAGACCGGAAAGUGGAGCUGUGGUGACGAAGAGGGACCGGAGCUUGGGAGGGAAGGAGGUGGUGGUCGCUCUGCCGUCAACUACGACGACUCCGGCCAGUCGCGUCCGGGAGCCAGCAAAGGAAGUCAGGAGGAGGGAACCACAGGCAAGGGUCCCAGAGUGGUGGCCGGAGAUGGAAACGGAGGUGAUGGAGCUGGGGCAGGAGACCGAAAAGUGGGCGAGACUGGUCAAUAGAUUGGUCCGAGCAAUCAUUGACAAUAGGAUCGCAGGGAGGGAUUACAGAUAUGAUGAUGCGAUUCAACUCAGGCAAUUAUGCAAGAUAUCAGGUGUAAAGGUCUCAUUCGAUGCAGAGAAUUCCCGUGAUUCAUUCUUUAGGGCAACAGUAAACUUUGUUCUGGAUGAUUGUAGCAGAACAGCACAAGACAUAGGAGCAGCACAAAUCAAUGGAGAGAAUCCAAGAAUGUUUCUUGCUGGUCUUGCAAGACAUAUUGGGCUGGAUAAGAUCCGUGCUGCCACACUUGUUUGUGCAGCAGUUGCUGCUCGCACACGUGGGUGCCUCUUGCAAUCGUGGGCUCUGGAGAUUCAAGGAAAACGAGCAGAAGCUCUAGAUGAGCUCAUGAAUAUUUGCAGAAUUCAUCAUGUGUUUCCCCCAGAAGAGAAUUCUGCUGAAAUGGAAAUGGUUGCUGGUGGACUAAAAAAGAAUUUGCAAGUUGCCGAGAGGAUUCACCUUCUAUCUCUAUACAGGAGCAUCUGUUCUACUGGUAAUUUGAGAACUGUUGCAGAAGCUCUUGGCCUGACCUUGCCGGAUCAAUGAAGCGCCAGUCAUCGAAGGGUCCGUUUUGCCCAUAUUUUGAAGCUCCAAUUUCCUGUUGCCAAGCCUCAUUAACGUUUGAAGGCUCGAAUCUUCUAAAUUACACAGUAGGAGUACAUAGUUGAGCUUUCGGUAUCAUUGUUUUUCAGAAUAUGCAAAAUGCUACUAGCACCAGAUGUCAAGAAUGCAUUUUGUUCUCCGUUGCAUCAAAUUGAUGCACGGUCAGGUCGUUUUUUGUUAGUACAAUUGUAUGAAAUCAUUUAGUUCUUUUCCUUUGUAACCGGAUGUAACCCAAUUCUGGAAUAUAUUUUUUUGGACCAUUAACUGAUCUUAUGAACUUAAAGCUUCUGGUA